GCCGCCUCACUUCCCCGCCGGGCGAGCGCCGAGAUGCAGCUGGCCACCUGGUGCUGCCUGAGCUCCGCGGCCGUCCUCGCUGCUUGCGCUUGUCUGGCGGCGGCGGCGGCGAACAAUAAUGACACAGAAGAGAUUCAAGACGGACCGGCCAAGGACGCCUCCUGCCCCGUGAGGCUGGAGAGCAGAGGGAAGUGCGAGGAGGAUGCAGGCGGCGAGUGCGCCUACCAGGUGAGCCUGCCCCCGCUGACGGUGCAGCUCCCCAAGCACUUCGGCAGGAUGGAGGAGGUGAUCAAAGAAGUCCAGAGCCUCAAGGAGAUCGUCAGCAGCCUGAAGAAGUGCUGCCAGGACAGCAAGCUGCAGGCUGAUGACAACCGAGACCCCGGCGCGGGAGGCCCGGGGGAGGCGGACGACAACAGAGUGACAGAGCUGGAGGGCGAGGUGAGCAAGCUGUCCUCCGACCUCAAGAACGCCAGGGAGGAGAUCGACGUGCUGCAGGGCCGCCUGGAGAAGCUGAGCCUCGUCAACAUGAACAACGUGGAAAACUACGUGGACAGCAAAGUGGCCAACCUGACGUUUGUGGUCAACAGUUUGGAUGGGAAGUGUUCCAAGUGUCCCAGUCAGGAACAGAUACAGUCACGUCCACUUCAACAUCUAAUAUAUAAGGAUUGCUCCGAGUACUACACAAUAGGCAAAAGAAGCAGUGAGAGCUACAGAGUCACACCGGACCCCAAAUAUAGCAGCUUCGAAGUUCUCUGUGACAUGGAGACCAUGGGGGGAGGCUGGACAGUGCUGCAGGCACGUCUCGAUGGAAGCACCAGCUUCAACAAAACAUGGCAAGACUACAAAGUAGGCUUUGGGAACCUCAGGAAAGAAUUUUGGCUGGGGAAUGACAAAAUUCACCUUCUGACCAAGAGUAACGAGAUGAUCCUAAGGAUAGAUCUUGAAGACUUUAAUGGUGUCAAACUCUAUGCCUUGUACGAUCAGUUUUAUGUGGCCAAUGAGUUUCUCAAGUACCGUUUGCAUGUUGGUAACUAUAACGGCACAGCCGGAGAUGCCUUACAUUUCAGCAAACACUACAACCAUGACAUGAAGUUUUUCACCACCCCAGACAGAGACAACGAUCGAUAUCCCUCUGGGAACUGUGGGCUCUACUACAGUUCAGGCUGGUGGUUUGAUGCAUGCCUUUCUGCAAACUUAAAUGGCAAAUAUUAUCACCAAAAGUACAGAGGUGUCCGUAAUGGCAUUUUCUGGGGCACCUGGCCUGGUAUGAGUGAGGCACAGCCUGGCGGCUAUAAGUCCUCCUUCAAAAAGGCCAAGAUGAUGAUCAGACCCAAGCACUUCAAGCCAUAAAUCACGAAUGCUCAUUCCUCUGAGUAUUCAGUACCUAACAGGGCAGUUAGUUCCUUUUUGUAUUUCUUUUCCAUGGUUCACGCCUAUCUCUGAACAUUGGGUUCUUAUGCUACACAGCAUCUGAAAUAAAGCUAAACAAUAUAUACACUUUAAAGAAGUCCUUUGUUGCUGUUAUGCUAAAGAGCACUUGCAAGCACCAGGGAAUACUGAGAAUUACAUAUUAGGUUUAUAAUUAUCUUAAUUUCUAUUAAUUAAAAAGUUUUCUAUUAAUUGCAUUACUUGCUAUAAUUUAAAAAUAAUUGUUUACUCAGCAGGCUAGAUUGUACACACAAGUAAUUUGUAUUUUGGCUAUGACAAGCACUUCUGAGGGUAUAUCAUUCUUUUACAGCUAUAAAUAGUUAUUUGGGUAUUUAUUUAUAUGUAAAUGCCCUAAUCCUCGUUCUGAGAUAAACUUCUUCAAUUUAUGGCAUUUACCUUAGUCAGAAAGACCUUAUAGCAUUUUAGUUCCUGGGAAAAUUAAUGAUGUUCAGGUACUCCAUGAAAUGUAAAAUAUUUGUCAUUUAAAAUAUUAAAAAAUGUGGCAUUCAGAAAAUUAAUUUUAACAUUAUGACCAUGGUUUAAAGGUAAUUCAUUCACAGUUGUUUGUUUGUUUUUAUAUUUUAGAUGUUUUAUGGUGAAAAUUGCUCUAACAUAAAUAUUAUCUUCCUUUACUCUCUAUGCCUAAUAGUUUUUAAAAUUGCUCACUACUGUGCAAGACUACUGGUAAGCUUUCUUAGAAGAGGUUGGUGUUGGUGAAGAAUGAAGCAUUUAUGUAUAGUCUGUAAUGCUCUGAAGGCCAGUUUUAUAUCCAAAGCAGUAAUAGCUUUAAAGCUAAGUUUUAUAGGAUAAAUAGAUAAGCCUAUUUAUAAAAAGCUUAUGAAUUUUGAUAUAUAUAGAACAGUAGUUUCAAUAGUAUGUAUUUUAAUCCUAACUGAUGUAUUGGUUAUUUUACUAUCAGAAGGAUUCAAAUAAAGAUGUUUAUUUUUUUAA